AUGCGCCGGUGCCCAGGUGAGGUGGACGAGGGGGGGUGCGGGGAGGGGAGGGUGAGGUGGGGAGGGGGGAGGUGGUGGGUGGAGGGCGCAGUGGGGAGGGGGAGGUGGUGGGGGGAGGGCGCAGUGGGGAGAAGGGAAGGUGGGAGGGGAGGGCGCAGUGGGGAAGGUGGAGGGUCGGGGAGCGGAGGGCGCAGUGAGGACGGGGGAGGGUGGGGAAGGGAAGGCGCAGUGGGGAAGGGGAAGAUCGCGCGCUGCCCGUUGCCGCGUCAGACGUGGGUGCAUGUUUGCCCUCGCUCCCACAUCUCUCCGCUUUUCCGCUUCUCGCCCCCACAUCACUCCCUCUUCUCCUUCCCGCGAAACCCCUCCCCACCUCUCCGUCACCUUCCCCCCUUCCCCUCCACCACACCUCUCUGCCCGCCUCUCUCGUGCCCACUUCCCCAAGCCUGCCUCCCCCUCCAUCCCUGCCGCGCGCACCUCGGGGAGAGAGAGGGGGCCAAGCUGAGGUGCUGCGCGGAGAUAGAAGCCACAGCGGGCAGCGCUGCCAGUGGUGGCGUGGGGAGGGUGAAGGGGUGGAGGCCGCGGGGGAGCAGCAGUGCUGUGUGCGGCGAGACGGGGUCGGGAAAACAAUCAGUAUCAAGAAGUUCCGCAGGUGCUGUGGUGUGGGGGAAAGGGCAGGUGUGCGUGGUGUGGGGGAAAGGGCAGGUGUGCGUGGUGUGGGGGAAAGGGCAGGUGCGUGUGGUGUGGGGGAAAGGGCAGGUGUGCGUGGGUGUGGGGAAGGGGCCAGGUGAGGUGCUUGGGACUGUUUCAGCACUCACGGGCCUCGAGCUUUGGGAGCUUGACAAAAGGCUCGCUAAGCUGAAGAGACCGGGCUGGACAAGGGUUGGCUUGUCAUCAUACAGCUAA